UGGCCAUGGCAUUUGACCGGUAUGUGGCAAUCUGCAAUCCGCUGAGACACACAUCCAUUCUUACAAAUACUGUGGUGGCUCAAGUUGGCAUAGUGGCACUUCUACGUGGGUUAGUACUAAUGACACCACAUCCAUUUCUGGUAAGGAGAAGGCCAUAUUGCCAGUCCAAUGUAGUCCCCCACACAUACUGUGAGCACAUGGCUGUGGUGAAAUUGGCUUGUGCUGACAUUUCCAUCAAUAGUCUUUAUAGUUUGGCAGUCAUUGUCUUAAUUGUUGGGACUGAUGUGACAUGCAUCUCUCUGUCCUAUGUACAGAUACUUCGUACUGUAUUUAAUCUCCCUUCUAAUGAUGCCAGGUUGAAGACCCUCAGCACUUGUGGGUCCCAUGUGUGUGUCAUCCUCACCUUCUACAUCCCUGCUCUUUUUUCCUUCCUCACCCACCGUUUUAGUAAGCAUAUACCACGCCACACCCACAUCCUGCUGGCCAACAUGUACUUGUUGUACCACCUAUGCUGA